AUGCUUUUCUCAUGGAUUACAGUAAAACAAAGCCUUAAGGAUGUGGGUUUUCAAGCUGUGGAUGUGUUCACCACUGGUAAAAGGGAUGGAUUCAGAAGAACAAUCCUUCUCCUCCUCAUUUGUAGCAUCUCCAGCCUCCUGCUCAGCUCCCUGCUCCUCCUGUACCUCCUCUUCGCUCUGGACUAUGAGCUAGCAGUGGCUGGGGGGAUUGCCGCCUGCUUUGGGACACUGCUGACUGUUGCCCUCUUCCUAUCAAAGAGAGUAAGGUGUUUAGGGACUCUUUUUAUUAUAUCCAUUUUCAUGAAAAAGAGUAGGAACUUGCUGUUAACUGCUGGAACCAGUUUAGUGGUUCUUAAGAACAUCCGUAACACUCUGGAGAACCUCUCGCUGCUGGUCAGGAGUAUGAUUUGCAACCUGAAGGCAAAAAAAGCCUCCAUCAUUGCUCCAUUUACUAACUAUGUUCAGAUGUUGAAGUGGAUUGGAGACAUGCUCAAAGGGGUUACAAACCUGGGAGUAGUGAGAUUUGACUCCCAGCUCAACGUCUCUCCAAGAUUGGAAUCAGAAGAAUUCAGGCAGAGGCUCGCAGGAGCAGAGCAGAAGCUUAACGAGACUGUGAAAUAUGCACAGGCCCUGAUGAAUACAGUGAGCUCAGUGACCGACAGGAUGUUUCCUGCCAUCAGCUUCCUCGUGCUCAUGAUGUUUAUAGCAUUGCACAUAAAAAAAUACUGCAGAGACCUGAAAUACAAAAACAGGUUCAUCAGCAGCAAGUUUGUUCAUUUUGACGAGAAGCAGAAGGCGGAAGGAAAAUCCCACGUCCUUCCCCUCACGGCAGAGGAGGAGCAGCUGUACACCUUCAUUCCCUCCGCCCGUCCCACAACAAGAGAAGGGAAAGCUAUGGUGAAAUUUGGAAUUCCAGUUGUCUCCCAUUUCAUAGCUUGGGUCAUAUUCAUAACUGUGGACGCCUUGCUGUACUGUUUUGUUGACAUUGUUACAACAAGGUUAUCAGAGCUGGAGCCAUUCCACAUCCCUUUGUUAAUGAGCAUCAAAGGGAUUGCAACUUUAAUGGGAAUGUCUCUUGGACAAGAAAGUCAUGAAAAAGACUUUUCCUACUCUGUGACUCUGUUUGAGAAGCAGUGCCUCCCCAAACCCAAGUUGUUGCUAUAUAGUUCUGUAAUUCCACUGACUGCCAUCCUGCUCACCCUGCUUGUUAUGGCUCUGAUGGCAACCAAAGUCUCCCAGCUAAGGUUGAUGGUCUGUGAACAGUUCUUCCCCUCUGCUGCAGAGGAGAGAGUGGAGUACCUCCACGGCAAAAUCCUGAGGAAGAGAUUCAAAAUGAGAAAGGAGAAAAACAACUGCAGCCUCAGGUCACUUAUUACCAAGCCAUAUUUCUGGUUCCCGCUACUGUUUCAUUCUAAAGAGGAUCCACAAAGUAUCCUGUGAGGAAAAUCUUCUCCA